UUGGAUGAGAUUGGAAAUUGUCUAUGCGCAGAUAAGGGAUGUAGAUUAUUAUGAAUAUUUCGCCAAUAUGAACUUGCAUAAUACAUUUUUCUCGUAUUAAUCGAGAUCGAUAUCUUCCUAUCGUAUCUUGUUUUUCAUGCGAAAGUGUACAAAGAAUAUCGAACGUGCUUGAUAUAAAGUGUGUUAAUAUUUUGCACACUAGUGAAAAGAGAAAAUUUUCAUGUUUGUCAGAUUGUUCACCGUGGCAUUGUAAAUGAUAGUUUUACUAUUGUUUCCUUGCAAUCUAAAAUAAUUAUAAAAUAAAUACUACAGCGCGAGUAAACAUGAAGCUGAUAUGGGGUUAAUGCUGCAUAAUAUUUUUUUGUGUACAUAUCCUUGUAAUAAUGAUGAUGUUAUAUUAGAAAGAUGACAAUAUCUACAUUAGGAAGAAUUAUAAUAUAAAUAAGUUUAAGAAAGCUGCGUUAGCCAUGCCUCUGUUGGAAGAGAUUGAAGUUUCAACAAUGAAAGUUGAACCGAUAGAUAAUUUAUAUCUUGCAUUGAUACAGUGCUUUGCAAUUAUAUUAUGCGGCUAUAUCGCUGGAAGAUUUGAUGUCAUUACUAAAACAGAAGCAAAUGGCCUAAAUACAUUUGUAGGAACGUUUGCCCUACCUUCUUUAAUUUUUAUGUCACUGGCAAAGCUUGAUUUUAGUCUAGUAAACUGGAAGUUCCUUCUUGCUGUCUUGGUAGCCAAAAGCUUUGUGUUUUUCAUUGUUCUUGGAAUAUCUCUGGUCAUUAAAAGAUCAUCAAAUCCAGGUUGCGCUGCACUUUUUGCAAUAUUUACCACGCAAAGUAAUGACUUCGCUAUUGGAUAUCCAAUGAUUCAAGCACUAUAUGGCCAAACACAUCCCGAAUACGCUGCUUAUUUGUAUUUAAUGGCACCUAUAUCAUUGGCUAUUCUAAAUCCAAUCGGCUUUGUAUUAUUAGAGAUUGGUAAACGUCGCAAUGAAAAUCAUGGAAGUUAUGGAAACAUGGUUUUUUCUAUUAUAAAAGGAAUUGCCCUAAAUCCAAUACUUGUUAUGACUGUUCUCGGUAUUCUUGGUAAUAUUAUCUUCAGUCAUCUAGUACCUGCUAUAUUAGCAACUGUACUGGAUAUAUUUGGCAAUGCUUUCUCUGCAAGUGCUCUUUUUUUAUUGGGAUUAAUGAUGGUUGGAAAAGUGCAUAAAUUGAAAGGUACAGCUCUUGUAAUACCAGGUAUAUUGAUAUCAGUGAAAUUGCUGGUACUUCCCUUGGUUAUAAGAGAAUCUAUUAUUCUCUUGAAUGCUGGAGAAAAUACUACAGAUACUCAAGAUCUAAGUACAUAUGGAUUCUUGUAUGGUACUAUUCCCACAGCACCGGCCUUAUUUAUUUUCACUCUACGAUAUAAUCUAGAAAUUGAUUUAAUCGCAUCAGCAAUGGUCGCUUGUACUUUCUUGUCUGCUCCAUUGAUGUUUGUAUCAGCGAAAUUAAUCGAUGCUGUUUCUACUGGAGUUAGUCCAGAGAACUAUGCACAUCAAUUAAAUGUAUUUUCUUUCGACGUAAGCAUUGCUUCAGCAACAGUAUGCGUGUGGCUCAUAAUCUGUUUCGUUGGAUUAAGAAGAAAAAAAUAUAAAUGCGUCACUCAUAAAUGUACAUUUUGUAUUGUAAUUGCACAGCUAGCUACAGCCAUAGGUGUUAUAAUAUGGACCAAACUUGAAUCUCAUAAUAGUGGCUCAGUUUUAUGGUAUAUCCAGUUCAGUUUAAUUACUGUGGGAGUAUACGCAAGUCGUAUGUGGACUGUAGCAAUAGCUGUUACUUUAUUAUAUUUAAAUUCUCGUUCUAUAGAUUUUGUUCGCAAUAUUCUGAAAUGGUUUUAUGCUAUUGGAUGGGGAAUUCCAAUUUUAAUAGUGAUUAUAAUGUGUUGUACUAUGUCUCCAAAGAAAUUUGAUCUUGAAUUCAGAAAUCCAAAUUUUCAAUUCAGUACAGUUCAAGCUGCAAUUUCUACUUUUAUAUUAAUAUUUUGUUUCAUUGUAACAGUGGGUUGUUUGGUUUUGCAGCAGAGUUACCAGCGUCGAAACAUUCUAGCAUCUCAUUCCAAUUUGACAAAUGUCGAAAAUUUUAAUAACGAUGACGAGGAAAGACGCAUAGUAGAUGUUGAGGAUCUGAUUUCUUCAACUUCUCAUACUCCAAUCAUUGGCUGUGAAUACGCAGAUGGUUGUCCAGAUGGUAUAUGUAGAAGUAACAAUAACGAGAUUUACGAUUGCGAUUUGUACGUAGAUAUCGAGAAUGAAAGAAAUGAUCCUCAGCUUUUACGACAUCUUGUAUUUGUUAUUUUACUUCUGUGUUCCAUGUUUAUAGGCUUAUCUAUAUCAGUUGGAACGCUAUUAAUGGAACAGUUGACUGGAGUUUACGCAGAAUUAGCGUUCUUGGAUGUUGCUUUGAAUUUUGGCCAAUCAUUAAUCGCAUUUACUAUCUUCGGAUUGGAUGCUGGCCUUGGAAAAUUAGGAUGUUGGUUACAAAAAAUGUGCCGCAAAUGGCGUAUCGGGAAGGAGUUGCAACUUCCGUCUGAAGAUGCAUUAAGCCCAGAAGUGAAGGCUAUCAGGGAUCAAUUUAAUAGUUGCCAUUUGGCUGAAUGUCGUGCUCGUAUAGCUAUAUGUCGUAGACGUUUAUUAAAAGUAUACAAAGGUGUCUUUACUGGUACUGAUUUAGUUAAUUGGUUGCUCGACGCCAAUAUUGCACAAACUAGAGAAGAAGCUGUUCAAUACGGCCGUAGCUUAUUAGAAAGUAGAGUGUUGCAACAUAUCGACGGGGCUUAUCAUUUUUACGACCAAAAUUUACUUUACACCUUCAAUGGCUAGUUUUAAUAUUUCGAUCAAAUCUUACAAAAGGAUUAUUUUUGCAAUUUUUGUCAAUUGUGUUGUCAAAUGUUAAUGUUUUAGAAUUUUGUGAUCUGACAAUUUUAUUUAAUAUAUCAUUCGAAAUAAUUUUAUUCAAGACAGUUUUUUAAUAUCUUUUUCGGUUGGUACGUGAAAUAUAUUUUUUGUUACGUUAUUAAAGUAUGAAAAUGUCGUUUAAAGUCUAUUCCAUAGAAUUAUAACGUCAUAUAUUUGGCUGUUUCAUUUGUCGUCUACGGUUAUGACUAACACAUACUUUAUGGUGCAAACAAAAGAACAAAGUGAAACGAUAAUAGUAUGACUAACUGAGUUGAAUGCCAAAGAUUCUAAUAUUUAAUAUUUUAUUUUUAAAUAUUAGUAUUGUGCGCAGUAUUGGUUUUAUACAGUAGAACUAUUUAUUUUUUAUAAAGUUAUUGUUAAUAAUUUUUAUUGUUGAUAAUUUAAAACAAAAUGUCCUACACUAGUAAGAGAUUUCAUUAUGCGAAUAAAAUAUACAAUAUUUACUGCAACAAAAUGUAAAAUAAAUAUAAAAUAAAUAUCUUCGCUUGGAACAUCAA